AUGAUUAAAUGGCUCCUUCAACACAUCCCAGGUUCCAAGUUAGCUCCGGUUACCCUUUCAAGGAGCUCGCGGUCCUCGGACACUGGCCCGGAGGCCCUGGGCCUCACCGAGGGGUUUGUGUCUCCACUCCCAACUAACCCACCCGGCUCCUACCUCUGUCCCUGGGGCAGGUGGCGAAACUCGCAGGCUCGCUGUCUGUGGCAGACGACGCUCAGCCAGAGGAGAAACCUGAAGGCUACCGCGAGGUUGCAGGACACCCUGGGACAGGAGUUAGCGCUGGCCCACAAGCAACUCCUGAUGGCCCGUCGCGCGGCCCUGCGCGCGCUGCUGGAAGCGGAGCAUCGCCGGUGGCGGCGGGAGCUGGGCGCGGGCGGCGGAGCGCGCGGCGCGGAGAGGCUCUGA